GGCGUGGACACCUUAAUUGUCCUGGUCCAACCUUCCUUGGGCAAAGGGAGGGUGGCUCCCUUUCCAGAUGUUAUAGCCCUGCUUGAGUCUCCCAGCACCGGUGGCCUUUGGUGACCGCGGAGGCCCCAGAUGGAUGCCAGAGGGUGUCCACGUUCUAGCGCCAGAGCAGCUGAUGGUGGUGGCAAAAAAACUCUCAAGGUAGCUGGGCCGGCCCCCUCUUUUCCACCUACCUGUUGUCCUCCCCCUACACCACCACCCUGGCUCCCCUCCCUCAUGACCGCCUGGAUCCUCCUGCCUGUCAGCCUGUCAGCAUUCUCCAUCACUGGCAUAUGGACCGUGUAUGCCAUGGCCGUGAUGAACCGCCACGUGUGCCCUGUGGAGAACUGGUCCUACAAUGAAUCCUGCUCUCCUGACCCUGCUGAGCAAGGGGGUCCUAAAACCUGUUGCACCCUGGAUGAUGUCCCCCUAAUCAGCAAGUGCGGCACGUAUCCCCCUGAGAGCUGCCUCUUUAGCCUCAUUGGAAACCUGGGUGCUUUCAUGGUGGCCCUGAUCUGCCUCCUUCGGUAUGGGCAGCUCCUGGAGCAGAGCCGGCACUCCUGGGUUAACACUACAGCGCUCAUCACAGGCUGUACCAAUGCUGCAGGCCUUGUGGUGGUCGGCAACUUUCAGGUGGACUACGCCAAGUCUCUGCACUACAUUGGAGCUGGAGUGGCUUUCCCGGCAGGGCUGCUCUUUGUCUGCCUGCACUGUGCUCUCUCCUACCAUGGGGCCACUACCCCCCUGGACCUGGCAAUGGCCUACCUUCGAAUUGUGCUGGCUGUCAUCGCCUUCAUCACUCUGGUCCUUAGCGGUGUCUUCUUUGUCCAUGAAAGUUCUCAGCUACAGCACGGGGCAGCCCUGUGCGAAUGGGUGUUCGUCAUUGAUAUCCUCAUUUUCUAUGGCACCUUCAGCUAUGAGUUUGGGGCCGUCUCCUCAGACACACUGGUGGCUGCAUUGCAGCCAGCCUCUGGCCGAGCCUGCAAGUCCUCCGGAAGCAGCAGCACCUCCACACACCUCAACUGUGCCCCAGAGAGCAUCGCCAUGAUCUGAGGUCUGGGGGGUGGCUGGCCCGGCCUCCGCAGCAGCCAACCCUUUAUCUUCUUUGCAUUUAUUUUGUACCAAAAACAACUUUUCAGAAAGUAUUAUGUUGGGAUUUGGGCUUCCUCACUCUUGGAGAAGUGGCCAUCCCACCACCUGUGCCAUAAGAGGAGCAGACCCUGCCCGCUGCCUGGGCUGCACAUCCUGCUCCCUGACACUACAGUAUUGUGCUUAAAGGUCACCUGCCCUUACUUGCCCAGCCAGCCCCUCAGGUGCCUUCUACUCCCAGUGCCAGAGCCAGACCACUGGGGUUUCGUGCUGCAGGAGUUGGGGGCUGGGAACCCCAGG